AUGGCAAAAAUGAGUUUCUCUUCCUACAUAUUAAUACUAACUUUUUCUUUGCUUUCUCAAGGUGUUUCGCCUUCAGCCUCCAAGUCAAUAAGAAAUUUAGAAGAUGACAUGGUAUUUAAAACGCUGAGGCUGGGGAAAGCCUUUCAGAAGGAAGAUACUGAAGAAAAAUCAAUUGUUGUUCCUUCCCUGGAGGAAUAUAAAAAUGAUGAGAGCAAUUUCAUGAAUGAUGAGGAAAACAAAAAUUCAAAGAAUGCAGGUUCCAAACACAAUUUCUUAAAUCAUGGUCUGCCACUGAAUCUGGCUAUAAAACCUUAUCUUGCACUAAAAGGAUCUGUAGCUUUUCCAGCUGAGAAUGAAGUUCAAAAUACUGAAUCAAUACAAGAAAAGAGAGAAAUUGCGGAUGAAGAAAACUCAGCUAAAUUUCCUAUAGGAAGGAGAGAUUUUGACAUGCUCAGGUGUAUGCUGGGAAGAGUCUAUCGACCUUGCUGGCAAGUCUGA